AUGGUUUUGGUUCACCAGAACAGAAUGUCUGGAUUGAAUGGUACAAUAUUGUAUGAAAUGUACGACGGAUUCUCUGUCUCCGACGAAGCAGGAAAAUAUCAACUCCUUCUUACAGGACCUGCCACGGGGACCUUAGGAGACAGCAUGAGAAGCUGCCAAGAUCUGUCUGGGAUGUAUUUUUCCACCCCGGACAGAGACAAUGACAAUAAUAGUGUUAACUGUGCUGCUACCCAUGACCGUAGAGGAGGCUGGUGGUUUAACGCCUGUCACUGGGCUUUCCUUAACGGUCGCUGGUCCCCGGCAAGGUGGUCCGCUCCAUGGUCUCCCACAGUAACGCACGGGACAUCAGUGAACGGGACAACCAUGAUGGUCAGACGUCACUAG